AUGCAUCCGUAUUACGAUCCGAAGACACCGCAUGAGAACGUGACGGUUCACGAGAAGUUGAUGGCCAAUCACGAUUUUUCACUUAUCGAUCAGGACCUCUCAUGGUCAUCAAACCUGACGGAGCUCUCCCAAUCCGGUCGCCCUUUUUCGGUGCUAUACGAUAUGUUAGUCCGUCCCGGUGCCGACAUGGGUACAGACACCCCCGGAUGCAUCCAAUGGGAACUCAAUCGACACCGUGAAAUACCCCAUAUGGUAAUCGGUGAGACGAAAAUCGGCGGCUCAUGGAACGAGUACGAUCCCGAAAUGCUUACCGUAUCCUUCAGUGAUUGGAUGGAUAUGCCCGGAUUCACGAUGGAACAGUGGUUGGGCGGGAAACCGUUGGUCAAACGACUCCCAUCUGUCGCCAUCGCUACUUAUUUGAAAAAAUAUGUGGAGAGACUCAGAUUGAGAAAGAAAUUUCAUCAGCACUUUGUGGUGAAUUCUAUCAAAAAGAUGGGCGAUGUGUGGAUUACGGAGGGGAAGAGAAGUACCGAUGGACGUGCGUUUAGGAUACGGUCGAAGCAGGUUGUGGUGGCGUGCGGGAAGACGAGUCCCAGGAAAUUGCAGCUGCCCAAUGAAGAGCAUUGCUCAUCGAAUAUUGUGUAUGAUGUGAGAUCUCUCAAAGAGAAAUUGGAUUCCACGAAGAAGACGGUGAUCGACGAUGAUCAAGAGCAUUAUGAUACACCAAGCACAUCCGCCUCGGCUCCAGUGAUAGUUGUUGGCGACGGCGUCUCGUCGGUGGAUUGUGUGAGACACUGUCUGGAAAGGGAUAUUCCAGUCAUUCAUGUUAUUCGAAGGAAUUUGAGAGAGUUGAGAAACGUAAUGCUCUCUCGUCUCUCACCCAUCCACUAUUCCGAAUACACCGAAGUCUACCGUAUGAUGAUCGGACGCUCCGCCCACAAAAACUAUCAACGUCUUCUGGAUGCCAACGUCUCCGCCAUCUCGAAAUGCCACGUGGAAAUCACGACGGGCGGCGGCGAAAUCAUUGAAUCCCCGUAUUCUACAGUAGCCGUAUGCAUCGGACGGGAAUCCCAUUUCUCCACUGUCUUCGAGACUCCGCCCACUUUUCUGGACUACCGUAACCCGCAGGAUGAGACGAUGUUCGCUAUCGGAUCCUACGCUGGCGAUCAUUUCGUCCGUUUUCUAGUCGGAGGAUGUCUACGAGUCGCCCAACACAUUUAUGCUGGCGGAAAUAAUAACAAUUUGAACAAAUUUUGA